AUGUGCGACUGCUUCCACAUGGUGCUGCCCACCUGGCCCGGAGCCCCCGGCAGCGUGUCUGGCCGGCAGCUGCAGCCUGAGGAACCAGAUGCGGAAACCGAGGAGGACCACUCUGUGACUGAAGGGCCCGCGGAGGAGAUCAUUCGGCCACGGCCACAGGGGUCCUCGCCUGUCUAUGAAUGCGUGACUGAGGGUGGCUUCGGACUCCCGGAACACACUCCGAGCAGGCCAGGCUCCUCCGGGAGACGGCGAUCCUGGUGGAAGCGGGAUUCUGGGGGCUCACGGACAUUCUCCAGGAUGAGCCAUUCCGAGGUGGGUAUGGAGGAGACAGAGGUGACGCUGAAGACCGAGGUGGAGGCUGGCGCCAGUGGCUUUAGUGUCACGGGCGGUGGGGACCAGGGGAUCUUUGUCAAGCAAGUGCUGAAGGACUCCUCGGCUGCCAAGCUCUUCUGCCUGAGAGAAGGGGACCAGCUGCUGAGCACCACCAUCUUCUUCGACGGCAUUAGCUAUGAAGACGCCCUGAAGAUCCUCCAGUACUCAGAGCCGUACAAGGUCCAGUUCAAGAUCAAACGGAGACUCCUGGCCCGAGGGGACGAGGAGUGGGCUGCCAGCGCCGCGCGGCGGGCCCCGAGGCGUGCGGGGAAGCUGGACAAGGAUGGCGCUGACGGGACCACAGACACACCCGUGAAGACGCUGGAAGGGGAUGGAGACCAGGAGCGACUCCUCUCCAAGCCCAGGGAAGGCAGAGGCAGGCGGCCCCAGAAGGAGAGACUCUCCUGGCCCAAAUUCCAAGGCAUGAGGAGCAGACGCGGGCCCCGGAGGUCACACAGCUCCUCCGAAGCCUACGAAAGGGGGAAGGCCCCUGCCGUGUCCCCCACAAGCUCGGACACAGAGGCCCAGUUCCCGGCAGAGGAGCAGGAGCCGAAAGCAGGGACAGGCAGCCAGCGGAGAAGGCGGUUCCUGAGCCUGAGAUUCAAGAUGGACCCAGAGGGCACCGAGGGAAGAGAGGGCCGAGCGCUGGAACACCGACCACAGAUGACAGCCGAGAGAGAGAGGGGGCAGAAAACGGAGGGCGGCGUCAGCCUGGGAAACACGGAGGUGGCCUCCAAGGACAGCAAGUUCAAGAUGCCCAAGUUCAAGAUGCCGUCCUUUGGCACAUCUACGCCAAGCAAGUCGAUGGAGGCCUCUGUGGAGGUGUCCCUGCCAAAGGCCCAGGGGGAAGUGUCCCUGUCCUCCAUGCAGGCUGACAUCAAGACCGGCGACCUCAGCACUGAGCUGCCACCUGCUGACGUGGACAUCCAGACAGGUGAGCUGGCCGUGAAGCUAACAGAGGGCGACCUGUCCGAGAGAGAGAUCCUGGGACCUGCCGCUGGAGGCAGACUGAAAAGUCACCUGCCCAAGGUGCAGAUGCCCAGCAUGAAGAUGCCCAAAGUCGACUUCAGGGGCCCCCAGGUGGACAUCAAGGGCCCCAACCUGGACCUCAAAGGCGCCAAAGGCGAGGUGUCCGUCCCAGAAGUGGAUGUGUCGAUGCCGAGCGUGGAGGCGGACAUCAAGGCACCAGGCACCAAACUGGAAGUUGACAUGGGCCUGGGGGACACUGAAGUGACCGCAAGAGACAGCAAGUUCAAGAUGCCUAAGUUCAAGAUGCCGACCUUCGGCCUGUCAAUGCCAGACAAGGAUCUGGGUACAUCGGUGGACAUGCCUGAGCCAAGAGCCACAGGGGAGACGAGUGUACCCUCCCUGAGAGGUGAGAUGCCAGCCACAGAGGGUGGCAUCCAGAUUCCAUCUGGUGAAAUUGAGCUCCUUGGGGGAGACUUGGAGUUGGCCCUCACAGAGAGACAGAUGACGCUGGGUGAGCUAAAGGGUGAAGCAGACGUGGCUAGAUGCAAGAGCCAUCUGCCCAAGGUGCCGAUUCCCAGAGUAAAGGUGCCCAAAGUGGACAUCAAGAGCCCCCAAGUGGACAUCAAGGGCCCAAAAGUGGACCUAAAGGGGACCAAAGGAGAAGCAACAGUCCCUGAAGUGGAUGUGUCAAUGCCCAGAGUGGAGGUGGACAUCCAGGCACCAGAGGCCAAGCUGGAUGUCAACAUGGGACUAAGGGACAAGGAGGUAGCUUCAAGGGACAGCAAGUACAAGAUGCCCAGGUUCAAGAUGCCAUCAUUUGGCACCUCAGUACCAAGCAAGUCCUUGGAGGCCUCAAUGGAUGUGUCCCUGCCAAAGGCCGAGGGGGAAGUGUCCUUGACCUCCAUCGAGGCCAGUAUCAAAACCAGCAAAAUAAGUACUGAGCUGCCAUCCGCUGACGUGGAAGUCAAGACAGGGGAGGUUACCGUGAAGCUCCCGGAGGGCCACCAACCUGAGGUAGAGCUCCAUGGACCUGCCACCAAGGCUGGACUCAAAGGGCACCUGCCCAAGGUGCACAUGCCCAGCAUGAAGAUGCCCAAAGUUGACUUCAAAGGACCCCAGGUGGAUAUCCAGAGUCCCAAAGUGGACCAGCAAGGCGCUAAAGUGGAAGUGACUGUCCCCGAAGUGGAUGUGUCAAUGCCCAGCAUGAAGGUGGACAUCCAGGCACCGGAUGCCAAGCCGGAAAGUGACAUCAGCCUGGGGGACAAGGAGGUAGCUUACAGGGACAGCAAGUUCAAGUUGCCCAAGUUCAAGAUGCCAUCCUUUGGAGAAUCUCUGCCAAGGAAGUCCAUGGAGGCCUCCAUGGAUGUGUCCCUGCCAAAGGCAGAGGGGGAAGUGUCACUGUCCACCAUCGAGGUCGACAUCAAGACCAGCGAACUAAGUACUGAGCUGCCAUCUGCUGACAUGGAAGUCAAGACAGGUGAGCUUACUGUGAAGCUCCCAGAGGGCCACCUACCUGAGGUAGCGCUCCAUGGACCUGCCGCCAAGACUGAUACACAAGGACACCUGCACAAGGUGCACAUGCCCAGUAUGAAGAUGCCCAAAGUUGACUUCAAAAGACCGCAUGUCCACAUCGAGGGUCCUAAACUGGACCUGAAGGGCCUGAAAGGGGAGGUGAACAUACCUGAUGUGGAUGUGUCAAUGCCCAGUCUGGAGGUGGACAUUCAGGCGCCGGACACCAAGCUGGAAGGUGAUAUCAGCCUGGGGUACAAGGAGGUAGCCUCCAGGGACAGCAAGUUCAAGAUGCCCAAAUUCAAGAUGCCAUCCUUUGGUGCAACUGUGCCAAGCAAGUCCAUAGAGGCAUCAGCAGAUGUGUCCUUGCCAAAAACUGAUGGGGAAGUGUCCCUGCCUGCCAUCGAGGUCGACAUCAAGACCAGCAAACUAAGUACUGAGGUGCCAUCUGCUGACGUGGAAGUCAAGACAGGUGAGCUUACCAUGAAGCUCCAGGAGGGCCACCUACCUGAGGUAGCUGGACUCAAAGGACACCUGCCCAAGGUGCACAUGCCCAGUAUGAAGAUGCCCAAAGUUGACUUCAAAGGACCACAGGUUGACAUCGAGGGUCCUAAACAGGAGAAGAAGAGCCUGAAAGCGGAGGUGACCAUUCCCAAUGUAGAUGUGUCAAUGCCCAGUGUGGAGGUGGACAUUCAGGUGCCAGACGCCAGGCUGGAAAAUGCCAAGCUAGAAGGUGACAUCAGCCUUGGAGACAAAGAGGUAGCCUCCAGAGACAGCAAAUUCAAGAUGCCCAAGUUCAAGAUGCCGUCCUUUGGUUCAUCUGUGCCAAGCAAAUCCAUAGAGGCAUCAGCAGACGUGUCCUUGCCCAAGGCCGAGGUGGAAGUGUCCUUGCCCAAGGCCGAGGUGGAAGUGUCCUUGCCCCCCAUGAAGACCAGUGAACUGAGCACUGAGCUCCCAUCAGCAGAUAUGGAUGUGAAGAGAGGUGAGCUUACUGUGAAGCUCCCGGAGGGCCACCUACCUGAGGUAGAGCUCCAUGGACCUGCGGCCAAGGCUGGACACAAAGGGCACCUGCCCAAGGUGCACAUACCCAGCAUGAAGAUGCCCAAAUUUGACUUCAAAGGACCCCAGGUGGAUAUCAAGGGUCCCAAACUGGACCUGAAGGGCCCCAAAGGGGAGGUGACCGUCCCUGAAUUGGAUGUGUCAAUGCCCAGUGUGGAGGUGGACAUCCAGGCGCCGGACACCAAGCUAGGUGACAUCAGCCUUGGUGACAAGGAGGUAGCCUCCAGAGACAGCAAGUUCAAGAUGCCCAAGUUCAAGGUGCCAUCCUUUGGUUCAUCUGUGCCAGGCAAAUCCAUAGAGGCAUCAGCAGACGUGUCCUUGCCCAAGGCCGAAGCGGAAGUGUCCCUGCCCUCCAUCCAGGUUGACAUCAAGAGCAGCGAACUAAGUCCUGAACUGCCAUCUGCUGACAUGGAAGUCAAGACAGGUGAGCUUACCGUGAAGCUCCCGGAGGGCCACCAACCUGAGGAAGAGCUCCAUAGACCUGCAGCCAAGACUGAUAUACAGGAACACCAGCCCAAGGUGCAUAUGCCCAGCAUGAAGAUGUCCAAAAUUGACUUCAAAGGACCCCAGAUCGACAUCGAGGGUCCCAAACUGGACCUGAAGGGCCCCAAAGGGGAGGUGACUGUCCCUGAAUUGGAUGUGUCAAAGCCCAGUGUGGAGGUGGACAUUCAGGCGCCAGAUGCCAAGCUAGAAGGUGACAUUAGCCUUGGGGACAAGAAGGUAGCCUCCAGAGACAGCAAGGUCAAGAUGCCCAAGUUCAAGAUGCCAUCCUUUGGUUCAUCUGUGCCAAGCAAAUCCAUAGAGACAUCAGUUGACGUGUCCUUGCCAAAGGCCGAGGUGGAAGUGUCCUUGCCCGCCAUCAAGACCAGCGAACUGAGCACUGAGCUCCCAUCAGCAGAUAUGGAUGUGAAGACAGGUGAGCUUACCGUGAAGCGCCCGGAGGGCCACCUACCUGAGGUAGAGCUCCAUGGACCUGCCGCCAAGGCUGGACUCAAAGGGCAAUUGCCCACGGUGCACAUGCCCAGCAUGAAGAUGCCCAAAGUUGACUUCAAAGGACCCCAGGUGGAUAUCAAGGGUCCCAAACUGGACCUGAAGGGCCCCAAAGGGGAGGUUUCCAUCCCCGAAUUGGAUGUGUCAAUGCCCAGUGUGGAGGUAGACAUCCAGGCGCCGGACACCAGGCUAGAAGGUGACAUCAGCAUUGAAGGUGACAUCAGCAUUGGUGACAAGGAGGUUGCCUCCAGAGACAGCAAGUUCAAGAUGCCCAAGUUCAAGAUGCCAUCCUUUGGUUCAUCUGUGCCAAGCAAAUCCAUAGAGGCAUCAGCAGACGUGUCAUUGCCCAAAGCCGAGGUGGAAGUGUCCUUGCCCACCAUCAAGAGCAGCGAACUGAGCACUGAGCUCCCAUCAACAGAUAUGGAUAUGAAGACAGGUGAGCUUACCGUGAAGCUCCCGGAGGGCCACCUACCUGAGGUAGAGCUCCAUGGACCUGCCGCCAAGGCUGGACUCAAAGGGCACCUGCCCAAGGUGCACAUGCCCAGCAUGAAGAUGCCCAAAGUUGACUUCAAAGGACCCCAGGUGGAUAUCAAGGGUCCCAAACUGGACCUGAAGGGCCCCAAAGGGGAGGUGAAGGUCCCUGAAUUGGAUGUUUCAAUGCCCAGUGUGGAGGUAGACAUUCAGGUGCCGGACACCAAGCUAGAAGGUGACAUCAUCCUUGGUGACAAGGAGGUAUCCUCCAGAGACAGCAAGAUCAAGAUGCCCAAGUUCAAGGUGCCAUCCUUUGGUUCAUCUGUGCCAAGCAAAUCCAUAGAGGCAUCAGCAGAUGUGUCCUUUCCCAAGGCUGAGGUGGAAGUGUCCUUGCCCCCCAUCAAGACCAGCGAACUGAGCACUGAGCUCCCAUCAGCAGAUACGGAUAUGAAGACAGGUGAGCUUACCGUGAAGCUCCCGGAGGGCCACCUACCUGAGGUAGAGCUCCAUAAACCUGCUGCCAAGGCUGGACUCAAAGGGCAAUUGCCCACAAUGCACAUGCCCAGCAUGAAGAUGCCCAAAGUUGACUUCAAAGGACCCCAGGUGGAUAUCAAGGGUCCCAAACUGGACCUGAAGGGCCCCAAAGGGGAGGUGACGGUCCCUGAAUUGGAUGUGUCAAUGCCCAGUGUGGAGGUGGACAUCAAGGCGCCAGAUGCGAAGCUAGAAGGUGACGUCUCCCUUGGUGACACAGAAGUAGCCUCCAGAGACAGCAAGUUCAAGAUGCCCAAGUUCAAGAUGCCAUCCUUUGGUUCAUCUGUGCCAAGCAAAUCCAUAGAGGCAUCAGUAGAUGUGUCCUUGCCAAAGGCUGAGGUGGAAGUGUCCUUGCCCACCAUGAAGACCAGCGAACUGGGCACUGAGCUCCCAUCAGCAGAUAUAGAUAUGAAGACAGGUGAGCUUACCGUGAAGCUCCCGGAGGGCCACCUACCUGAGGUAGAGCUCCAUGGACCUGCCGCCAAGGCUGGACUCAAAGGGCACCUGCCCAAGGUGCACAUGCCCAGCAUGAAGAUGCCCAAAGUUGACUUCAAAGGACCCCAGGUGGAUAUCAAGGGUCCCAAACUGGACCUGAAGGGCCCCAAAGGGGAGGUGAAGGUCCCUGAAUUGGAUGUGUCAAUGCCCAGUGUGGAGGUGGACUUCAAGGCACCAGAUGCGAAGCUAGAAGGUGACGUCUCCCUAGGGGACACGGAAGUCCCCUCCAGAGACAGCAAGUUCAAAAUGCCCAAGUUCAAGAUGCCAUCCUUUGGUUCAUCUGUACCAAGCAAAUCCAUAGAGGCAUCAGUAGAUGUCUCCUUGCCAAAGGCUGAGCUGGAAGUGUCCUUGCCCCCCAUGAAGACCAGCGAACUGAGCACUGAGCUCCCAUCAGCAGAUAUGGAUGUGAAGACAGGUGAGCUUACCGUGAAGCUCCCGGAGGGCCACCUACCUGAGGUAGAGCUCCAUGGAACUGCCGCCAAGACUGGACUCAAAGGGCAAUUGCCCACGGUGCACAUGCCCAGCAUGAAGAUGCCCAAAGUUGACUUCAAAGGACCCCAGGUGGAUAUCAAGGGUCCCAAACUGGACCUGAAGGGCCCCAAAGGGGAGGUGACCGUCCCUGAAUUGGAUGUGUCAAUGCCCAGUGUGGAGGUGGACUUCAAGGCGCCAGAUGCGAAGCUAGAAGGUGACAUUAGCCUAGGUGACAAGGAGGUAGCCUCCAGAGACAGCAAGUUCAAGAUGCCCAAGUUCAAGGUGCCAUCCUUUGGUACAUCUGUGCCAAGCAAAUCAAUAGAGGCAUCAGUAGACGUGUCCUUGCCAACGGCUGAGGUGGAAGUGUCCUUGCCCCCCAUGAAGACCAGCGAACUGAGCACUGAGCUCCCAUCAGCAGAUAUGGAUGUGAAGACAGGUGAGCUUACCGUGAAGCUCCCGGAGGGCCACCUACCUGAGGUAGAGCUCCAUGGACCUGCCGCCAAGGCUGGACUCAAAGGGCAAUUGCCCACGGUGCACAUGCCCAGCAUGAAGAUGCCCAAAGUUGACUUCAAAGGACCCCAGGUGGAUAUCAAGGGUCCCAAACUGGACCUGAAGGGCCCCAAAGGGGAGGUGACGGUCCCUGAAUUGGAUGUGUCAAUGCCCAGUGUGGAGGUGGACUUCAAGGCGCCAGAUGCGAAGCUAGAAGGUGACGUCUCCCUAGGGGACACGGAAGUCCCCUCCAGAGACAGCAAGUUCAAGAUGCCCAAGUUCAAGAUGCCAUCCUUUGGUUCAUCUGUACCAAGCAAAUCCAUAGAGGCAUCAGUAGAUGUCUCCUUGCCAAAGGCUGAGCUGGAAGUGUCAUUGCCCACCAUGAAGACCAGCGAACUGGGCACUGAGCUCCCAUCAGCAGAUGUGGAUGUGAAGACAGGUGAGCUUACCGUGAAGCUCCCGGAGGGCCACCUACCUGAGGUAGAGCUCCAUGGACCUGCCGCCAAGGCUGGACCCAAAGGGCACCUUCCCAAGGUGCACAUGCCCAGCUUGAAGAUGCCCAAAGUUGACUUCAAAGGACCCCAGGUGGAUAUCAAGGGUCCCAAACUGGACCUGAAGGGCCCGAAAGGGGAGGUUUCCAUCCCCGAAUUGGAUGUGUCAAUGCCCAGUGUGGAGGUAGACAUCCAGGCGCCGGACACCAGACUAGAAGGUGACAUCAGCAUUGGUGUCAAGGAGAUAGCCUCCAGAGACAGCAAGUUCAAGAUGCCCAAGUUCAAGAUGCCAUCCUUUGGUUCAUCUGUACCAAGCAAAUCCAUAGAGGCAUCAGUAGAUGUCUCCUUGCCAAAGGCUGAGGUGGAAGUGUCCUUGCCCCCCAUCAAGACCAGCGAACUGGGCACUGAGCUCCCAUCAGCAGAUAUGGAUAUGAAGACAGGUGAGCUUACCGUGAAGCUCCCGGAGGGCCACCUACCUGAGGUAGAGCUCCAUGGACCUGCCGCCAAGGCUGGACUCAAAGGGCACCUGCCCAAGGUGCACAUGCCCAGCAUGAAGAUGCCCAAAGUUGACUUCAAAGGACCCCAGGUGGAUAUCAAGGGUCCCAAACUGGACCUGAAGGGCCCCAAAGGGGAGGUGACGGUCCCUGAAUUGGAUGUGUCAAUGCCCAGUGUGGAGGUGGACUUCAAGGCGCCAGAUGCGAAGCUAGAAGGUGACGUCUCCCUAGGGGACACAGAAGUAGCCUCCAGAGACAGCAAGUUCAAGAUGCCCAAGUUCAAGAUGCCAUCCUUUGGUUCAUCUGUGCCAAGCAAAUCCAUAGAGGCAUCAGUAGAUGUGUCCUUGCCAAAGGCUGAGGUGGAAGUGUCCUUGCCCACCAUGAAGACCAGCGAACUGGGCACUGAGCUCCCAUCAGCAGAUAUAGAUAUGAAGACAGGUGAGCUUACCGUGAAGCUCCCGGAGGGCCACCUACCUGAGGUAGAGCUCCAUGGACCUGCCGCCAAGGCUGGACUCAAAGGGCACCUGCCCAAGGUGCACAUGCCCAGCAUGAAGAUGCCCAAAGUUGACUUCAAAGGACCCCAGGUGGAUAUCAAGGGUCCCAAACUGGACCUGAAGGGCCCCAAAGGGGAGAUGACGGUACCUAAAUUGGAUGUGUCAAUGCCCGGUGUGGAGGUGGACAUCAAGGCACCAGAUGCGAAGCUAGAAGGUGACGUCUCCCUAGGGGACACGGAAGUCCCCUCCAGAGACAGCAAGUUCAAAAUGCCCAAGUUCAAGAUGCCAUCCUUUGGUUCAUCUGUACCAAGCAAAUCCAUAGAGGCAUCAGUAGAUGUCUCCUUGCCAAAGGCUGAGCUGGAAGUGUCCUUGCCCCCCAUGAAGACCAGCGAACUGAGCACUGAGCUCCCAUCAGCAGAUAUGGAUGUGAAGACAGGUGAGCUUUCCGUGAAGCUCCCGGAGGGCCACCUACCUGAGGUAGAGCUCCAUGGAACUGCCGCCAAGACUGGACUCAAAGGGCAAUUGCCCACGGUGCACAUGCCCAGCAUCAAGAUGCCCAAAGUUGACUUCAAAGGACCCCAGGUGGAUAUCAAGGGUCCCAAACUGGACCUGAAGGGCCCCAAAGGGGAGGUGACCGUCCCUGAAUUGGAUGUGUCAAUGCCCAGUGUGGAGGUGGACAUCAAGGCGCCAGAUGCCAAGCUGGAAGGUGACAUUAGCCUUGGUGACAAGGAGGUAGCCUCCAGAGACAGCAAGUUCAAGAUGCCCAAGUUCAAGGUGCCAUCAUUUGGUACAUCUGUGUCAAGCAAAUCAAUAGAGGCAUCAGUAGACGUGUCCUUGCCUACGGCUGAGGUGGAAGUGUCCUUGCCCCCCAUGAAGACCAGCGAACUGGGCACUGAGCUCCCAUCAGCAGAUAUGGAUAUGAAGACAGGUGAGCUUACCGUGAAGCUCCCGGAGGGCCACCUACCUGAGGUAGAGCUCCAUGGACCUGCCGCCAAGGCUGGACUCAAAGGGCAAUUGCCCACGGUGCACAUGCCCAGCAUGAAGAUGCCCAAAGUUGACUUCAAAGGACCCCAGGUGGAUAUCAAGGGUCCCAAACUGGACCUGAAGGGCCCCAAAGGGGAGGUGACGGUCCCUGAAUUGGAUGUGUCAAUGCCCAGUGUGGAGGUGGACUUCAAGGCGCCAGAUGCGAAGCUAGAAGGUGACGUCUCCCUAGGGGACACGGAAGUCACCUCCAGAGACAGCAAGUUCAAGAUGCCCAAGUUCAAGAUGCCAUCCUUUGGUUCAUCUGUACCAAGCAAAUCCAUAGAGGCAUCAGUAGAUGUCUCCUUGCCAAAGGCUGAGCUGGAAGUGUCCUUGCCCACCAUGAAGACCAGCGAACUGGGCACUGAGCUCCCAUCAGCAGAUAUGGAUGUGAAGACAGGUGAGCUUACCGUGAAGCUCCCGGAGGGCCACCUACCUGAGGUAGAGCUCCAUGGACCUGCCGCCAAGGCUGGACCCAAAGGGCACCUUCCCAAGGUGCACAUGCCCAGCUUGAAGAUGCCCAAAGUUGACUUCAAAGGACCCCAGGUGGAUAUCAAGGGUCCCAAACUGGACCUGAAGGGCCCGAAAGGGGAGGUUUCCAUCCCCGAAUUGGAUGUGUCAAUGCCCAGUGUGGAGGUAGACAUCCAGGCGCCGGACACCAGGCUAGAAGGUGACAUCAGCAUUGGUGUCAAGGAGAUAGCCUCCAGAGACAGCAAGUUCAAGAUGCCCAAGUUCAAGAUGCCAUCCUUUGGUUCAUCUGUACCAAGCAAAUCCAUAGAGGCAUCAGUAGAUGUCUCCUUGCCAAAGGCUGAGGUGGAAGUGUCCUUGCCCCCCAUCAAGACCAGCGAACUGGGCACUGAGCUCCCAUCAGCAGAUAUGGAUAUGAAGACAGGUGAGCUUACCGUGAAGCUCCCGGAGGGCCACCUACCUGAGGUAGAGCUCCAUGGACCUGCCGCCAAGGCUGGACUCAAAGGGCACCUGCCCAAGGUGCACAUGCCCAGCAUGAAGAUGCCCAAAGUUGACUUCAAAGGACCCCAGGUGGAUAUCAAGGGUCCCAAACUGGACCUGAAGGGCCCCAAAGGGGAGGUGACGGUCCCUGAAUUGGAUGUGUCAAUGCCCAGUGUGGAGGUGGACUUCAAGGCGCCAGAUGCGAAGCUAGAAGGUGACGUCUCCCUAGGGGACACAGAAGUAGCCUCCAGAGACAGCAAGUUCAAGAUGCCCAAGUUCAAGAUGCCAUCCUUUGGUUCAUCUGUGCCAAGCAAAUCCAUAGAGGCAUCAGUAGAUGUGUCCUUGCCAAAGGCUGAGGUGGAAGUGUCCUUGCCCACCAUGAAGACCAGCGAACUGGGCACUGAGCUCCCAUCAGCAGAUAUGGAUGUGAAGACCGGUGAGCUUACCGUGAAGCUCCCGGAGGGCCACCUACCUGAGGUAGAGCUCCAUGGACCUGCCGCCAAGGCUGGACUCAAAGGGCACCUGCCCAAGGUGCACAUGCCCAGCAUGAAGAUGCCCAAAGUUGACUUCAAAGGACCCCAGGUGGAUAUCAAGGGUCCCAAACUGGACCUGAAGGGCCCCAAAGGGGAGGUGACCAUACCCGAGUUGGAUGUGUCAAUGCCCAGUGUGGAGGUAGACUUCAAGGCACCAGAUGCGAAGCUAGAAGGUGACUUCACCCUAGGGGACACGGAAGUCGCCUCCAGAGACAGCAAGUUCAAGAUGCCCAAGUUCAAGAUGCCAUCCUUUGGUUCAUCUGUGCCAAGCAAAUCCAUAGAGGCAUCAGCAGACGUGUCCUUGCCCAAGGCCGAGGUGGAAUUGUCCUUGCCCCCCAUGAAGACCAGCGAACUGAGCACUGAGCUCCCAUCAGCAGAUAUGGAUGUGAAGAUAGGUGAGCUUACCAUGAAGCUCCCGGAGGGCCAACUACCUGACGUAGAGCUCCAUGGACCUGCCGCCAAGGCCGGACUCAAAGGGCAUAUGCACAAGGUGCACAUGCCCAGCAUGAAGAUGCCCAAAGUUGACUUCAAAGGACCCCAGGUAGAUAUCAAGUGUCCCAAACUGGACCUGAAGGGCCCGAAAGGGGAGGUGAUCGUCCCUGAAUUGGAUGUGUCGAUGCCCAGUGUGGAGGUGGACAUCAAGGCACCAGAUGCCAAGCUAGAAGGUGACAUUAGCCUUGGUGACAAGGAGGUAUCCUCCAGAGACAGCAAGUUCAAGAUGCCCAAGUUCAAGAUGCCAUCCUUUGGUUCAUCUGUGCCAAGCAAAUCCAUAGAGGCAUCAGCAGACGUGUCCUUGCCCAAGACAGAUGUAGAAGUGUCCUUGCCCACAAUCAAGACCAGCGAACUGGGCACUGAGCUCCCAUCAGCAGAUAUGGAUGUGAAGACCGGUGAGCUUACCGUGAAGCUCCCGGAGGGCCACCUACCUGAGGUAGAGCUCCAUGGACCUGCCGCCAAGGCUGGACUCAAAGGGCACCUGCCCAAGGUGCACAUGCCCAGCAUGAAGAUGCCCAAAGUUGACUUCAAAGGACCCCAGGUGGAUAUCAAGGGUCCCAAACUGGACUUGAAGGGCCCCAAAGGGGAGGUGACCGUCCCUGAAUUGGAUGUGUCAAUGCCCAGUGUGGAGGUGGACAUCCAGGUGCCCGAUGCCAAGCUAGAAGGUGACAUUAGGCUUGGGGACAAAGUGGUAGCCUUCAGAGACAGCAAGUUCAAGAUGCCCAAGUUCAAGAUGCCAUCCUUUGGUUUAUCUGUGCCAAGCAAAUCCAUAGAGGCAUCAGCAGACGUUUCCUUGCCAAAGGCCGAGGUGGAAGUGUCCUUGCCCCCCAUGAAGACCAGCGAACUGAGCACUGAGCUCCCAUCAGCAGAUAUGGAUGUGAAGACUGGUGAGGUUACCGUGAAGCUCCCGGAGGGCCACCUACCUGAGGUAGAGCUCCAUGGACCUGCCGCCAAGGCUGGACUCAAGGGGCAUCUGCCCACGGUGCACAUGCCCAGCAUGAAGAUGCCCAAAGUUGACUUCAAAGGACCCCAGGUGGAUAUCAAGGGUCCUAAACUGGACCUCAGGGGCCCGAAAGGGGAGGUGACCAUACCCGACUGGGAUGUGUCAAUGCCCAGUGUGGAGGUGGACAUCCAGGCGCCGGAUCUCAAGCUAGAAGGUGACCUUAGCCUUGGGGACAAAGAGGUGGUCUCCAGAGAUCGCAAGUUCAAGAUGCCCAAGUUCAAGAUGCCAUCCUUUGGUUCAUCUGUGCCAAGCAAAUCCAUAGAGGCAUCAGCAGACGUGUCCUUGCCCAAGGCCGAGGUGGAAGUGUCCUUGCCCCCCAUGAAGACCAGCGAACUGAGCACUGAGCUCCCAUCAGCAGAUAUGGAUGUGAAGACAGGUGAGCUUACCGUGAAGCUCCCAGAAGGCCACCUACCUGACGUAGAGCUCCAUGGACCUGCCGCCAAGGCUGGACUCAAAGGGCACCUUCCCAAGGUGCACAUGCCCAGCUUGAAGAUGCCCAAAGGUGACUUCAAAGGACCCCAGGUGGAUAUCAAGGGUCCCAAACUGGACCUGAAGGGCCCGAAAGGGGAGGUGACCGUCCCCCAAUUGGAUGUGUCAAUGCCCAGCAUGAAGGUGGACAUCCCAGCACUGGACGCCAAGCUGGAUGGUGACAUCAGUCUACCGGACAAGGAGGUGGCCUCUAGGGAUAGCAAGUUCAAGAUGCCCAAGUUUAAGAUGCCAUCUUUCAGUACUUCAGCCCCAAGGAAAUCCUUGGAGUCCUCAGUAGAUAUGUUUCUGCCGCAGGCCCACGGGGAAGUGUCUCUGCACUCCAUCAAAGGUGACAUCAAGACCACCGACCUUAGCACUGAGCUGCCAUCUGCUGGUAUGGAUGUCAAGACAGGAGAGCUUAGUGUCAAGCUCCCGGAGGGCCACCUACCUGAGGUAGAGCUCCAUGGACCUGCCUCCAAGGCUGGACUCAAAGGGCACCUACCCAAGGUGCAGAUGCCCAGCAUGAAGAUGCCCAAAGUCGACUUCAAGGGCCAGCAGGUGGACAUCAAGGGCCCCAAACUGGAUUUAAAGGGCCCCAAAGGGGAGGUGACCAUCUCCAAAGUGGAUGUGUCGAUGCCCAGCAUGGAGGUGGACAUCCAGGUACCUGGCACCAAGUUGGAGGGAGACAUCGACCUGGGUGACACGGAGGUGACCUCCAGGGACAGCAAGUUCAAGAUGCCCAAAGUCAGCAUGUCCUUGUUUGGGUCAUCAUCCAGUGGGUCUUAUGUGGUGUCUCCUCAUAUUGAUGGCAGUGGUCCAGCUGCAGACCUGAGUUCCUGUUCUCACAGUGCUGACGGAGCUGGCCACGCCGCCGAUCAUUCUGUUUCCAUAGUCACUGUGGGCCUGGGAAGCCCUGAUGGCGAUCCUGGAGGUCCCCUGCCUGGGAGUGCCCCCCUCACGCUCUCAGGGGUGGGCGUUGGCACGUCUCUCGGGCAACCUUGUGCUGCGGUGGAGCCGUCUGUGCAGGUGCCCCCACCAGUCUGGCCCAGUGCUUCUUCAGCCUGUAUUGAUGUUAGUGGUCACCAUGCUGAAUCCUCUGCCGCCACUUUUUGUGAGGGUGUCACGCUUACCAAAUACCAGGUGACUCUCCCCAGAGCCACUGUUUGCCCGGAGCUGCUUCAGGAAACUCUUUCUGAGUGUCAGGGCGAUGCUCACCUCAGCACCCAAUGCGCUGCCACCCUGCCAUCCUGGGAGAGCGCUCCUUUGUCCCAGACUGACAGCCACCCUGGACCAGUGGACCCCCUGAUUUAUGCAUCUUAUGGACGGGUGACUUUUCCUAAAUUUCAUGGACCAAAGUUCCGAUUUUCAGUCUCAAAGGCAGCAGAGGCCAAGGGGGAGCCCUGUGCCUUGGGGGGCGCCCUGUCUCCUCCCGGCCCUGCAGGGGUGCUGGACUCAGGGGAAGCCGCAGUAUUCCCGUGGUCAGGCACCCAGCUGCCAUCUGCAGGUGUCUCCUUGUCCCAGGGGACGGAAGGCCCCACAGGCAGUGCUGGGCAGCCAGCAAUGGUUGCAGCUGGGGGCGAAGCUGAAGACACCGACCGUGACGGGAAAGGCAGUCCCUUAAAAAUGCCCCGGCUCAGGCUCCCGGGCUUCAGGCGAUCCCCGAAGAAGGGAGCAGAGCGGAAACAGGACCCGGCACAUAGCCUGGCUGUAGAUGCGGGCACGCCUGGAGUUGAUGUUCUGCAUCUGGAGGCCCACAUGGACGUGACUCCUGAGAAGGCUGGAGAGAAGGGGAGGGUGAAAACACCCAGCUUGGCCGUGUCCCACGGGCCCCCUGGAGACUCAGAGCAUGCCGUCUCUAGCGCCCCUCAUGCCACAGCGGGGGCCAGCUGCGGGGGUGCUGCUGCUGCUGCAGCAUCUGGCUUCUCAGAAGAAGCAGGCGAAAACCUCCACCUGCCACAGGUCCAUCUUCCCACUGUGGGCUUUGUCAAACCUGGCCUCAGACCCAGCCAGGUCCAGGGAGAGGUGAGCCAGUCUGCAGAGAGCCUUCCUCUCCCCAAACAUGGCCUGCCUCUUGGAGAUGGCAGAGAAGAGCGUGAGCUUGGGGAAGGCUCGGCAAGCCAGCCUCGGGGGGCGGCCCUCUCCACAGAAGACUCCCUCCAGGCGGCCUGUGGUGAACCAGACCCUGCAGCCGCCCCGGUGAGGAGCCCAGAGCAGGACUCGGCAGCAGGAGCUGAGCUGGCCAGCUCGCAGGACAGCUGGUUUAGGAUGCCCUCCCUCCGCCUGCCCAGCUUCUGGCGCUCCUCCAAGGAGCGGGGUGGGGCUGGGGGGCUGGGCACACCCAGCAAAGGAGAGGUACCAGCUGCAGUCCACAGUCCUGGGGUCUGUGCUCCUGGGUCAGAGGUGGAGGCAGACGCGGCGGAGGUUCUCAGGCGAAGUCUUGACAGCAAAGGCUUGGAGCUGCACCUGCCCCCAGCCGGGACACUCCCUGUUGAUCUUCCCACGUCCAAGGCCAGGCUCUGUCCAGGCGAAAGCUCCCUCCCGCUUCAGAUGCCCAGAGAGAGACUUUCAGAAGCCCAAGCUCCUCCAGGGGAAACAAGCGAGACUCCUGCCGGCGGGACAGGGAGCGCAGAGCAGCCGUCUUGCCCACCCGAAGGCCCUGUCAGACUGAAGGUUUCGCUGGCCGACAUGCCGGCCCAGACCUCCACCAUUGACAGGUGUCAGCCCUGGGAGGAUUCUGUGGUCACGGUCAAGUUCCCCCCGCUCAAGGUGCCCAGGUUCACCUUCCCGGCCCCCAGCUGCGAGGCCGACAUCUUCGUCCCGGCGGUGAGAGAGGUGUGGUGCCCAGACAGCAGCCUCGACUUGGCUCUGUGUAAGGAGAGCCCUGGAGCCUGGGGCGUGAGUGUCCUGAAGGCAGGCGCUGGGGCCCCCCAGCAGCAGCCUGUGGCCCCCGACCUCUCCUCAGAUGCGUCCCCCAUUUCCAAGGUCAAAGUACACAUUCACGGCGCUCGGGUUGAGAGCCAAGAGGUGACUGUACACAGCAGGGUCACAACGCAGGUUGCUGACCCGUCGGCACCCGAGACUUUUUCCACUCAGAUUGUGCGGGAAUCAGAGGUCCCGGCCUCCAAGAUCCAGACGCCUUCUUACGGAUUCUCCCUGCUUAAGGGGAGGGUCUUGGAGAGCCCUGUGAAGGCCCAGGUGCACGUGGUCACUCAGGACAGUCAGCUGCCCGAAGGCUUCCAAGUGGCUUCCAAACAAGUCACCCCGGGAGCUGCCCCUGUUUCUGGAGCUCCCCAGCCUUGUACCGGAGAGCCUUUUGAAAUGAUCUCUUCCAGCGUCCAUGAGCUGGGGCCACAGACAUUCGCGUCUGAAGCGUGCUCUGGCCCCCCGUUUGCAGACAGCUGUUCGGACGAAGAGCCCGCAGAAAUCCUCGAAUUCCCCCCUGAAGACGGCCGAGAUGAAGAUGGGGUUGCCAGAGAGAAACCAGACAGCAAGCGGUCUUCCGGUCGGUUCAGGUUUUGGCUUCCGAGCAUCGGGUUCUCUUCCUCUGCGGGGGACACCAGCGCUGACGUCACACAAGAGGCGCAAACACCUGCUCCGGUCCGAACGCAGCCCGAGGCCCGCCCGGAGGCAGAGCUGCCGAAGAGGCAGGAGAAGGCGGGUUGGUUCCGAUUCCCCAAAUUGGGGUUCUCCUCCACUCCCAGCAAGACGAGCGAAAGCACCGGGGACCAGGCACGUCUGGCGGAGCCGAAGCUCCAGGAAGAAGCGGUCACCUUCUUUGAUGCCCAAGAAAGCCUCUCGGCGGAGGAGAGGGAGGACGAGGAGCUCGCCGAGGCUGCAGGCGCGGCGCCGGGCCCCUGCGCGAUGGUGGCGUCCGCGGCGAGAACGGAGUUAGCCAGUCCAGAGCAGGGCGGGAAAGCCGGUGCCCAGCCCGCGCCCAGGCCUGCCACCAAGUGA